CUUUCCCACUCCUCAGAAGGUGAGUGCUCCCUGGAGCAGCAUCUGAGGCAAGCAAUAUCACACACAAGAGAACGCUUUACAGAGUUCAUGUAUGUCUGAACAGUCUCAUGGCUUUCCCACAGAGAAGAUUUGCUGCUGAAGCAGAUUUUUUGGCAGGGUAGCAAGCUCGAAGUCCUACACAAGCUAGAAGCUCUGGUAGAGCGAGGAAAUGCAACAAAGCUGGAUGAUUUGGUCAAGAAUGUUGAUAUCAAGGAAGGCGGCAUUGUCACAGUCAACUUAGAGCUCACGAGAGAGUAUACCAAGAAUAAGGCGUUAAUCCGGAAUAAACUAACCGAACUCCCAUGGGUCAAAGAAGUGAAGGUUAAAAUGGCUCCUAAAGCUACCCAGGCAGCACAGCCUGAAGUAGAAGGUCUUGCGGAUGUGAAGCAUAUCCUAGCAGUUUCUAGUUGUAAAGGAGGAGUCGGGAAAUCAACAGUUGCCACCAACCUCGCUUUCUCCAUAAGUAAGCUAGGCAAAUAAAGUUGGAAUUUUUGAUGCUGAUGUUUAUGGGCCAAGCCUUCCGACUCUUGUGAACACCCAGGAUUAUGGACUUCGAGCUGACUUCGACGCCCCUGAGAAGAUUAUCCCACACGAGUACGAUGGAGUGAAGUGAAUGUCAUACGGUUUCGUGUCAAAAGGUCAGAGAGCAAUCAUGAGAGGUCCCAUGGUCUCAGGACUUGUCUCCCAGCUAAUAAAGAACACUAACUGGGGAGAACUUGAUUACCUUGUUCUUGAUAUGCCUCCGGGCACUGGAGACAUUGCAAUUACUCUCUGCCAAGAGAUCAGCAUAAGUGCCGCUUUAAUAGUUACAACACCUCAAAAAUUAGCGUAUGUAGACGUCAUCAAAGGUCUUGAGAUGUUCGAUAGUCUGAAAGUGCCAACUGUUGGCAUCCUUGAGAAUAUGUCUUAUUUUACUUGUGAUGGCUGCAGCAAAUAAACACAGAAUCUUUGGCUCAGGCUACACAGACCAGAUCAUCCAGCAAUUCGGAAUCAAAAACUCCUUUGAAAUUCCCAUACUUCCUGAACUAUCCAGAUUGAGUGAUGAUGGAGCUCCUGCAGUUCUGGCUCUGCCAGAGGGAGUAGAGCUUGUUCGAAGGUAUAAGCACAUUGCGGAGAGCGUUACUGAAGAGUGCGAGCAACUGGAAGACAUCAAGAAUACAACGCCCGAUGUAUACUACUCUGUAUCUGAAGGAGUUGUUAGAGUUGACCACCUAGAUUCUAAGAAAAGCAAAAGAAUUGACCCCAGAGAGCUCAGACUUGGAUGCAAGUGAGCUGCCUGCAUUGAUGAAAUGACCGGAGCUAAUAUGAUCAUCGAAGCAAACGUCCCAUCAGAUGUUUAUCCUACAAAUAUGAUCAAGAAAGGAAAUUAUGCCGUCGCUGUAGUGUGGAGUGAUGGGCAUAACAGUUCGAUCUACCCCUACUCAAGACUGCUGUCCUCUGACUUUACAGAUGUUACAAAAUAA